AUGGUCCCCUUCACCAUCGACAAUGUUCUGCCAGGAAUGCUCUCCCUCCCCGACUCGCCGGACCUGUACCGCAUCCGCAUCCAGCCCACGCACGCCGCGGCGGGCCAGCCGACUAUCAAGUACCUAGCUGCUCCAAACUCAAGCAAGGUCUUCAUCGGACCCGACGCUCACACUCGCCGCCAUAACAACCUUGUCUUCAACACGGUCCCUGCCGGCGACUGGAUCAUUGGCCGGCUCGCCGCCACAGAAGAUCGUGACGGCCAGGCGGGCAAGCUCGCUCUGACAUCGACCGAGACUGACACCGCUGGUGCGCUUGAUAGCCUCGGGUUAUGCAGCGCAGAGCCCGUCUGGUGUAGCACGACCGUCGACGUGGUGGACUGCCGGGACGCGCCAGGUAGUCCGCGCUGGACGGUCGCAGUCAACGCGGACGGAAGGGAGAUCAGCGUCCCGAAGCCCACCGAUCUCCAGUGCAUGGACUAUGUCUCCGCUUCCAUCGUGACGGCCCCCGCUGAAGUAAUGACGGAUGCAGACGAGGUGCUUCGCGUGACAGACUGGCUGCCCGGCCAUUGGGUGGGCAUCGAGAACGACGCCCGCGCCCACGAGAUCAUCCAAGCUCAGGACCCUGGGCUGGCGCCGCGCUUUCUGGCGCACGUCACUGAGAAUCAUUCGCGUGUGAUAGGAUUUCUCCUCGAGCGCGUUCCGGAUGCUCGUGAGGCCGGCACCGCAGACGUAGACAAGUGCAGAUCAGCCCUGACGCGGCUGCAUGCCCUCGGCAUCGUGAAAGGGCAGUUGAGCCGCCACUCGUUCCUCGUGCGCAGUGAUGGCUCCGUCAUGGUUCAGGGCCCCUUCGCCGGCCUCUCCAAGGACGAAAGCUCUAAUGAGGUAAUGAAAACGGAGAUGGACAGUCUCGAGACGGUCCUGGCCCGGAGCCCGUCUGUGUUUGAGGAUCAGGCGGCGAAGAUGCUCAGGUUGAUUGAUCCCCAGAGAAUGAGGUUGCUUGAGGAGUUUGAAAAGGCAGACGGGUUUGUGGUGCCCUUCGUGUUCUGGCAGGAGUCUCUUGAGGGUGGUGGGCGUAUCACGCUUACCGUCGAACAGCACAGAGAGCUGGCUAAGGGGUUUGAGGAGAACGGCUUCCGAUGGACGAAGGAGCUUCAGGAGCAAGCUAAGGAGCGGUUUGAGCCCUCUGUAGAGUCAGUCUGA